AUGUCUGAAGAAGCAAAGAAGCCUCGAUUCUGGAACUAUCCUCCCCCCAAACAAGGGCCAGAUGUUUUCUCCGUGAACAAUGCUGCACCGAAUCCUGUGCUCCGUGGAUACCCUUUGGCGGUGGCGGCGUGGAUUGUCGCCUCCUCCAGCUUCGUCUCCAACAUAUUCUGGAAGAAUGCCAAGUUCGACCAGCUGCAAGAGGUCAAGGAGCUCGAUGCGUAUGAUCCUCGCUAUGAUCCUACUGUCAUCCCCAUUACGCCCCCUUCAGACGCCAAACCAGUUUCUCUGAACGAUCUUCCUGCCCCGAAACCUCGCCAGCACCCACAGCAGCAUUACACCUCCGGCGACUAUGUCUCGCUCUACCAAGCAAGAAAGCUAACACCGUCUGACGUUGUGGAAGUCCUGAUCUCGCUGAUCAGCAAGGAAGCAGGAGGUGAACAUUCCAUUGCUUUCCUCCAAUGCAGAGCAGACCUCAUCAGACAGGCUGCUCAGGCUUCUACGAGGAGAUACCAAGAAGGAAAGCCCCUUGGCCCCCUUGACGGUGUGCCUGUGGCUGUCAAGGAUGAGGUUGACCUGAAAGGCUACAAGAGGACGCUGGGUAGUGCCAUGGACUUUACCAACAAGGACGACGAGACUGCCUGGUGUGUCAAGCAAUGGGAAGACGCCGGGGCGAUUGUGAUAGGGAAGACGAACAUGCAUGAGAUUGGUCUUGACACCACGAACAACAAUCCCCACACCGGCACGCCCCCCAACCCGCACAACCCAUCCCACUACUGUGGCGGCUCUUCCGGCGGGUCCGCCUACUCCGUCUCCACCGGCCUUGUGCCCAUCGCCCUCGGCUCCGACGGCGGCGGCUCCAUCCGCAUCCCCUCCUCCCUGUGCGGGAUCUACGGUCUCAAACCGACGCACGGCCGCGUCUCGGGCCAUCCCACCCGCGAUCUCGGCGUCAGCGUCGGCGUCUACGGUCCCAUGGCCAGCAAUCUCGACGACCUCCGCCUCGGCUACCGCGUCAUGGCGAAACCGGAUCCCAGCCAAGCGUUAGGCAAGAUGGAGGAGGAGCAGGGGGAGGGGUGA